AUGGAGGACAAUAUGGCAAGAAACUACUGCACAGUGACUGAGUUCUUCUUAGCUGGGCUCUCACAGACACCAGAACUCCAGCUUCCCCUCUUCUUCCUCUUCACAGCAAUCUAUCUGAUCACUGUAGCAGGGAACUUGGGUAUGAUCACACUGAUUGUUCUCAGUUCCCACCUGCACACACCCAUGUACUAUUUCCUCAGCAGUCUGUCUUUCAGUGACUUCUGUCAGUCCACAGUUGUUAUUCCUAAAAUGCUGAUGAGCUUUUUGACAGAGAAGAACAUCAUCUCCUACCCUGGAUGCAUGACUCAGCUCUACUUCUUCAUCACUUUUGGCAUUGCAGAGUGCUACACAUUAGCUGCAAUGGCAUAUGACCGCUAUGUUGCCAUCUGUAACCCAUUGCUUUACAAUGUAACUAUGUCCUCUCAGAUUUACACUUCUCUGAUUUCAGGGGUGUAUAUUUUUGCUAUGCUCUCUUCAUCUGUAAACACAGGCUUCAUGAUUAGGAUUAAGUUCUGCAAAUUAGAUGUAAUCAACCACUAUUUCUGUGAUCUUCUUCCCCUCUUGAAACUGGCAUGUUCUAGUAUCCAUAUCAAUGAAAUGUUGAUGCUAUCUUUUGGAACAGUGAACAUAUUUGUCCCAAUGAUGACCAUUAUUAUUUCCUACAUCUUCAUAAUUGUCAGCAUCCUCCGCAUUCGCUCCCGGGAGGGCAGAUCUAAAGCCUUCAGUACUUGCAGUUCCCACAUCUCUGCUGUUGCUAUCUUCUAUGGUUCUGCUGCAUUCACAUACUUACAGCCAUCAUCUGUGAGUUCGAUGGACCAAGGGAAAGUGUCAUCUAUAUUUUAUAUGACUGUUGUACCCAUGCUGAACCCCUUGAUAUACAGCCUGAGGAAUAAGGAUGUUAUCGUUGCACUGAAGAAAAUACUUCAUGUGAGCAGAAGUCACAUGAGGAAUAUUUCUUAG